AGUCGCAGCCACCUUUAUUUGCGUUCGUUCCUUAGGUCUCAUAUACUCUCUGUGAAUCGAGGCGCAAAAGAGCAUGGAAUUGUGGGUAUGAUUUACUUUCGAAAAGAGAGCACACAAAUCGUAAGUGCGUUUUGUAGCUUAGCAUAACGGCCAUUCCUAAACUUUAUUGUAAAUAUAGCCUUUUCAACCGGAGGAGAAAAGCUUUAGACAUGGUUUCAAGAAAGAAGGCGAUUCAAGCGUCACCUGUGUUCUUCGCUUUCCUCCUACUCCUCCCGACGGCGUCGCCACUUGGUGGAUACAGAAAGGGGAUGCGAGGCCAAAGGUUAAACAUAAAGAAAUUCUACAACACGAGCGAACCCAUUUGGACCUUUUACUCAACCGAGCAUUCUAAGAUUGAGUGCAAGGUGGACAUGAUGCUCGAUAUGAAUACAACUUACGUGAAGUUUGAAACAGCUUUUUCUGCAAAAGGAGGUGCGAGGAUAAACGUGACGAAUCUCGGGAAGUUCGAGAAGUGGAAGGCCGAGAAGGAGUACCACAGGGGCACAUUUAAUGCUAUGAUUCUUUCAAACCCAGAUCGUCCGCCUUACGGAUUCGAAAAACUUUUGUUCCAGACGUUGGACAACAGCUGCGGUGUUUUUUUGCUGGGCGUAAACGAUGUCCCUUAUCAGUGGUACGAAAUGCGUGUGAAGAACUCGACCGUGCGGAGACCACACUGGGCGUGUGUGAUGAACUUCGCGGACGAGACUUAUAGAAAAGGCCGGGAAAGAGAAGUCUACUGGAAUAGAUGUCAGAAAAUGUUUAAUGCCAAACCUGAAGGAGGCAAAUGGCGCUGGCAGGAAUAGUUUUGCACCGAAUUUCACCACUAAGCUCACCGUCGCUUACACACAGGCCGUCCAUAACGAUGCAUUGUGAAGUGAUAGUUCAGUGGACUUCCAUGUCUUGAUUUAAUCGAAGGAGGAUGAUACAGACAUCGAAUUCCGGUGUUUAGAAUGCUUGUAAUGAAGUUAGUAAGUUUGGAAAUGUAGAUUUGUUAACUUACUGUCGUUUCCGGCUGCGCGCCAGCGAUAACAGCUCAUACUGCAUCGGCUAUGUAAAAGCGUGCUCAAUAAACAUAUAAAACCUGUGCUUGGAAUGCCGUAGUCGCGCUCUAUCUACCCUCUCUCCAACAGCACAGAGAAAUAGAAUUGCGGCUCUCUGCGAA